CUGCCCAAUCCCAUUCACUUUAUUUAAAUCGGAACUAGGUAGAUGUAACUCUAGAGACCCAGAGAAGUGAAACAAACAGCUUAUAUAAUACUUCACCGCCCGAUAUUGCAAUUAAGUUCUGAUAACCCAGCAGAAUGAUUUGUUUAUUCGCUUGCCUCAGAUGAAGUACAAUAGGUAACGUUAGCCUCAAAUCUGUUCCAUUUUUUUUUUUUUUUUAACAUGUAUUUCAAAGCCACAUGAGUCAAAUAUAUUAAAGAUAAGGUCAAUGGACUGUAAUUGCGUUCUCUUGAGUUCUCGUGGCCACUGGUUGCCUUAUUUAUAUCAGAUCCCUGAAAUUCUUGCCUAACUUGGGCUUAGUCGUGGACUUUGGAGUAUGGAGAGUGUUGGAUCCCUGUCACCCCCCCCCCCCCUAACCCUGCCCCCCCCCCCUCCCACACACACACACACACUCUAUGCGGAGGAAGUGAUAAUCCCAGUUGACUUGAAUGUAUUUUAUUCAGCACAGCCACCUACUACGUUCCGUGAUCUGUCCUCUACCGUUUUAUCUCCAAUUGCUUUUACGAGUAAGAACAUUUACACAUCCUUUCAUCUUGAGCAUUAAGGCCAGAGUUGGAAUGCAGUGGUAAAUAUUUCUACAAACAAGUAUCCAUAUCGAGCUACAGAACGAUUUCGGAAGCCUAUUUUAUUCACAGUUCAUAUAUUAGGAAAUACAUUCAGUAAACAAAUUGGUUCAGUGACCACAGAUUGCGUAAACAAAUCUGGGGUUGUUUUUGUUUUAGUUUUUACUUUUAGGAUGAGAUUCUUCGGUCUUGGAUAUACUUUUAGGCAACACAAAAUGCACUGAAAAAAACCCCCAAAACAUUAAGUCAAAACAUGAAUAUGACAUCUGCUUUAUAUCUAAAUUAUUCUCCCCAGUCAAGUCGACCUGCUCUUAUUUCAAGACCUUUCUAAAGCAAAAAUGAAAACGUUACUGAUUCUAAAUUCUAUGCAUUUCAUAAUCAUAGAUCCAAUGUGAUUGGCGCAACAGUUGCUAAGAAGAUCAAUUCUGAUUAGGCAUCCUAUUUAAUGAUUGCCGAGGAUAAACAUCAAUCGUAAUGAUAUGAUGAACUUCCCAUACACACUUGUCAAUCUCAUUUCUGCGUUUCUUUUUCCAGCUGAUAGACGGCUGUAUUAAUUGGGGGGGAAAUGAAAUUGGAUAUUUGAUAAAAACAAUACCCAAUUUGAUGACAGGAUGCGUUGUUUUACCAUUUUUCGGGCCCUGUUCGUUCGAACUCUGUUCGGGGGGCACGGGCUGAUCGCUAUUUGGCGCCUGUACAUGGCGAUAGGAGAUAUUUGGUGUUGGUAUCUCACGGCCACACUUCUGGGUCUGCUUAUAGAAACCAUUGUCACCCUGGCCGUCAAACGAGGCAAGGAAUGGAAGUGGUUUUGUCCGAGUGUUUUUUUUUACUUGGCUAGUGUAGUGCCAGCCAUUUGGUUCUUAGAGCUACACGCCAUGGAAGACAGAAUCGCAGAAAAGGCCGAGAAGGAGAGCUUUAAUAUUACCACAAACGGCCAGAAUAGAACCGCGGAGGAUCUAAAGAUUAUCAUCAAGGACCUGGGGAUUGAUAUCAGUUUUCCUUUGUCCUUGACCGCUGACCUCUGGCUUCGUUUGCUCGAACAGUUCCUCUUGUUGAUGCUGAUAGUCGGACGGUGGAUGCUCCCCAAAGGAGCCUUGUCACAUGACCAGUUAUCACAGCUCCUGUUGGUUUAUGUUGGUACUGCGGCUGAUAUCGUGGAAUUUUAUGAAGCAUUUAAUGAAGAAGCGGUCAAAUAUAAUCCAUUACUGAUAUACAUUCUUCUCGGUAUAUGGACUUUGAGCCUGCUACAGUUCACGUUAGUUGUCACCGCAACGAGAGCAAGACGAGAUCUAGUUGGUGUUCCAAGUGGAUUGAUCAUGGCGAUGAAGGAGGAGGCACCGAGUUGCUGCAACCCAGAAAUCUACGGAAUCAUUGUCUCCAUAUUAAUGCAGGAUUGUCCAUUCCUGGUUAUACGACUUCUCCUGAUAUUUUACUAUCACGUUGUGAGUUAUACAAACAUGUUUUUUACAUCCAAAAAUUCCCUGGUAAUUCUGUUGUUGCUGUACAGGGUGAUUGUCAUUCAAACUGACUCUGAGAAGAAGAAAUCUCGUACGUCAGGAUCGACAACUCGUGAGAAGAGCAUGGAGGAGCUUCAGGCCAAAUGCAAUCUGGAUACAGAACGCAACCUUCUCCACUCCAGUAAGAGUGUUCCGAACGUCACACAGGUGAACGGUAACCCUUUGUUCCGGUCAUUUGACAGCCUGCCCCUCGACGUCACAAUUGAUGUCGAUAAUGGAAACAACAGAGGCAGGAAUUCACACCUCGUUCAGAACAAAAUGGAGGAAGACAACUGUUCCAUGUACAAUAAGAUUACCAACAUGAAUAAUCGAAUUGUCGGACAAAACCAGGCUUACUCUCCGGAAAAAUAAAGUGAUAUCAUGUUUUGUUUAAGUAAAAUAAUGCAUUGUAUAUAUGUCGUAAUUGUUGAAUAGAGACACAUUCUUGGAGAAUACAAGUAUGCACAACUGUUUAUCAUUAAAUGUGGCGCGACUGGUUCCGCAUUAGUGGCGUACCGUGUAUAUUAGAGUAGAAUAAUACACUGAAACUGUGGUCAUUGCAAGUGUUUAGCUUUGAAAAUACUGUUCUUUACAAGUGUUUCCUCUCGUUGUGUUGUUUAGAAAUGAAAAAUGUCUUAGCUCACUAUAUACAUGUACAAAUGUAACUCACUAUAUACAUGUACAAAUGUACUUAAAAGAUUUGACAAAUGCGCAAUAUAGAUUCACACACUGAU